AUGACGACUCUCGACCGAGCUCCUGAUUCUGGAAUCCGCGUCAUUAUAGUUGGCACUGGCUUUGCUGGUUUAACUGCCGCAAUCGAAUGCCAUCGCAAGGGCCACUCAGUCCUCGUCCUUGAAUCUUUCCCGGAACUCAAACUCCUCGGUGACAUUAUUAGCUUUGGACCAAAUUCUGCCCGAAUAUUCCAGCGCUGGCCGGGCAUAGACGAGAAACUCGAUGCCAUAAGCCAUAAAUCUGAAGGGAUAUUGCUCAAGAAUUUCAAAGGGGAGACCCUUGUCAAGCAGACCUGGGGCGAAGAGGCGCGCAUUUUUGGAAGGAAAUAUGAUGGCCACCGGGGAGAGAUCCACCAGAUAGUGUAUCAACAUGCCCUGGAUUCCGGGAUUGAUAUUCGGUUGGGCCAUAAAGUUGUGGAUUACUUCGAGACUGAUACUGAAGCGGGAGUCAUCGCAAAUGGGGCCAGGUUUGUGGGCGAUCUAGUCCUCGCCGCAGAUGGCGUCCGUUCCAAAGGGAGAACCAUUGUACUUGGACACGAGGAUAAACCGAAGGCCUCUGGAUAUGCGGUAUAUCGGACAUGGUUCGAUUCCGGCAAGCUGGCCAAGGAUCCGGAUCUUGACUUCCUAUUCAAAGGCGAGGAACAUCACAGUGCUUGGCUCGGUCCCGAUGUCCAUUUCAUUGCGGCAACCUUGAAUGAUGGGAAGGAUUUCUCUUGGGUCUGCACUCAUAAGGAUGACGCCGAUGUGGAAGAAAGUUGGCAGGCCCACGCUCCGCUGUCAGAUGCUCGCAAAUGUCUAGAAGGGUGGGACCCGAUCAUCCACAAGAUCCUAGAUGAAACCCCUGAUCCAGUGAUCGAUUGGAAGUUGGUUUAUCGAGAUCCUCUCCCGACCUGGGUAUCACCUAAACGGAGGAUAGCAUUGAUAGGCGACGCAGCACAUCCGUUCCUCCCAACAUCAAUCCAAGGCGCCAGCCAGGCAAUGGAGGACGGCGCCACUAUUGCCGUUUGCUUGGUGAAGAGUGGGAAGCCGCACGUCCAGGACGCCUUAGCCGCGUUUGAAUCUCUACGAUAUGAGCGUGUACGUGCUGCACAGAAGACCGGAGAGACGACGAGGGAUGCAUGGCAUAAAGCCGACUGGGAAACAGUCAAGAAGAACCCGGACAGUAUGAAGCUGAAGCGCGACGGCUGGUUGUUGAAUUUCGACGCAGAAGUGUAUGCAGAGGAGAAUUAUGCUGCUACUGUGGCGCUCCUGGGUGAUAAGGCUGCUGCGAGGGACUUCAACUUACCGAAGACGGCGGAGAUAAGUACCUAG